AUGGGGUCGGUGAGUAUGUGUAGAGACGAGGAGAAAUCCUCUCUCCGCAUCUUCCAUACCAGGUUGGUUCCUUUCUUGGUGGUGAAGGUUGUUGCGUUCGGCGCACCCAUCACCGCUGGGAGACACCACCCGCCGCAUCGGUGCUUCCCCGGGCCCCCAACCUCUACGUUGGACCCCGGUGGCUGCCCCGACGCGGUGCCCGAAGCCCGGGGGCUUACGUCCCCGGCACUGCUGGAGUCUGUGGAUCACUGGUCGCUGACCAUACCUGAAACUCAGAUUCCUGGAGGGAGCCGCCCCGCGGAAUCCGCCGUUCGUCGGCGUUGUCCACGGGGUCUGGACCCUUCACCCGAGGGCCGUAUGCCGCAGCCAGCCAGCGCCCGCAAGGGCGUCUAG